AUGGUUUAUUCAAUUUUGGCCACUGCUUUUUCGAUCUAUGUUUCACUGGGUCAUGGUCGAGCCGCCGUCGGCGUUUUAAUUGGUAUCUAUUUCUUCGAAUCUAUUAUGUUUCCGACUAUUUUCGUUCUUGGAACAGAAAAUCUUGGUCGUCACAUUCGUCGCGGGGCGGGUAUUCUCAUCAUGGGUGUUUCUGGUGGUGCUGUCUUUCCACCAAUUCAAGGUGUCAUAGCCGAUGUCUAUUCCACUCGUAUCUCAUUUUUAGUUCCUAUGGUGGGUUUCGUUGUUGUUUUUGCUUAUGCUACUUUUCAUUGGCUAAAAACCGGAUUCCAGAUGAGACAUAAACGUUACGACGUGAAUGUCACCGUUAGUUCUAUUGCUGAACACAAUAAUACAUUGACAGUUGUUAGUAGUCAACAGUCAUUUGAUUCUGACGACAGUUUAAAAGAAAUGUCACUCAUAGACCCAUCUUACUCACCAUCAGAUUUUACAGUACUCGCCGCACAAGUCUUAGAAGACACAAAUCAAAAUAAGAUACAUACAACAAAGUUUUAA